ACAAAGAUCAGAAGUGGAGAGUAAUGCUGCCGGCAAGCAGAGGAGAUCAGCGGGAGCAGAGGCAGCAGGCACCGUGAUCAGGGCCCGGGGAGGCAGCCAGCAGCUCUGCCAGGAGGCAUCACCAGCUCCCCUGCCCUCCUGUCAUGUGCCAGGGGUCCCAGCUCUGCCAGCAGCCUGUGGAACACAAGGGAAGCCUGGAGGAGAGAGCUGCCUGGGAUUUUAAAGGACAAUAAAGCUUGGAAUACUUGAAUGGACUAAACAUGAAGAGCUUAAAGGCAAAGUUUCGGAAAAGUGAUACUAAUGAGUGGAACAAGAAUGACGAGCGUCUGCUCCAAGCCGUGGACCAUGGAGAACUGGACAAAGUGUCAGCUCUUCUGGGGAAGAAAGGAGUGGUGGCCACCAAGAUGGACUGUGAGGGCAAAACAGCGUUUCACCUCGCCGCCAUGAAGGGUAAUGCAGACUGUUUGAGGGUCAUGUUGACGCAUGGAGUAGAUGUCGCAGCUCAGGAUUUGUCAGGUCACAGCGCUUUACACCUAGCCGUGAAACACAACCACAUAGAGUGCAUCAAGAGACUCCUACAGGCUAAAUGUCCGACUGAAUGCACAGACAAUCUCGGGAGGACCUGCGUGCAUUACGCAGCGGUUGGCGGCUCCGUCCCUGCGCUGCAGCUCUUGUGUGAACACAAAUGCCUUCUCAACGUCAAGGAUUCGGAUGGUCACACGCCUCUGCUCAUUUCUGUUCUACAAGGCCACGUGGAGGCGUGCAAGUGCCUCUUAGAUCACAAGGCUGACGCAAAUACGACAGAUAAAAAUGGAAAGACUCCUCUGAUGUUAGCAUGCGAAGCCGGACACUUCAACAUGGUGGAUGCCUUGGUGCAGAGAGGAGCCAGCCUAUCAGUAUCAGAGGCCCUGGGCCACGAUGCCCUCCAUUACGCCAGAUUGUCAGGAAACCCACACAUUCUCAGCCUCCUUCUUUCAAAGACAAGCCAAGAACACGGAAUGAAAAGUCCGACCAAGCCAUUACAGCAUGAUCAAGUCACUAGGUUAAGCUCAGACAGAAGUGGAACACCCAAAAAACGCAAAGCUCCGCCACCUCCUCCUCUCAGCCCUCUACAGCUCAGCGAUUUAUCAUCCCCGUUGUCAUCAACAUCAACCCCACUAUCAGCCAAAGAAGAGGUCUUCUUCUCUGAACAUAGCGGCAAGAAUGAAAAUUCACCCUUCAGUCGAGAGUACAGAGACAGGCUGAGUGACAGCACUGAAGACAGUCUGCUGGAUGUGAGCUCAGAGGCCGAGCACCAAGACACAAUCUCACUGCUGCAAGCAAAGGUGGCCUCUCUAACACUGCUAAACAAGGAAUUACAAGAGAAGUUACAGGAGAAAGUCAAUAACGAGGCAUUAACAGAUAUAAGCUGUGACUCCUACCAUUCUACGCAGACUGACUUAAACCUAUCUGUUGCCAAAAGCCAAGAUGGAAAAUCUCCAGCAGUCAUUUCCGAUAACUCCGAUACAUCUUUCGAGUCCCAGAUUGAAAUAUUUAACAACGAACACAAAAUGAAACUGCUGGAAAAGACCAUUGAAGACAUGAAAAUGAAAUUGGAGGAGUCCGAAACCAAAAGGAAAAGCCUGGAAGCUCAGAUCCAGUCAAGCUUUCGAGAGUCCCUCAGUACGGAAACUUCAGAGGUGGCUUCAGAUAUAGACCUUCAGUCUCAGGGAUCCCCUAGUGAUAUGAAACAAGACAUAUCCUUCAAGCCAAAUCUACACAGGAUGUCAAGAGUGGAGCAAGAAGAAGAUGGAGUCUUGAAAACGAGCGAGGAAAGCUUGUUGGUGCUGGAAGAAUUUGAAGCUCUGAAGAGAGAAUACCAGGAGGUCCUAGCGGAAAGUGAAAGGAAAGAGAAUGAGAUGAAUGAUUUGAGGCACCAGAUAGAUGUCGUUACCCAAAGUAUCGUCAACUUGGUGCCCAUAGAGAAGCAAGAAGAGAUGGAGAAAUCUUAUGGCGCUGUCAUAGAGAAACUGAACGAGGAGAACGCCAAACUUAAUGUGAAGCAACAAGAAUUACUGGAAGAAAUUGAAAGCCUACAGAAGGAAUUAGAAAGAAAGACGGAGCAAAUGUCUCCAGUGGAGAACGGUCAAGUGGAAGAGGACAUGACAAAAACCAUAGAUGACUUGACCAAACAAGUGAAUGACUUGACUCUGUUAUACAGUGAAGCCCAGGCGGAACUUGAAAAGACUAGGCAAGCAUCACUUGAGGUCUUGUCAGAUUUCAUCCACAAGGAAGAACAUGCAAAGCUUUUGGAAGAAGUCGAAGAAAGCAAAGAGAAAGUGGAGAACGAUUUAGUGGAUUUGGCCUCGCAGCACGCUAUAAUAUUGGAAGAAGUGUGUGAGCUGAAGCAACAGUUGGACAAGGAGAAGGGGCGCAUGAUGGCAACUGAAAAUGUGCAAGUGGUUGGAGAUCUUAAACAUACGAUAGAAAAUAUGGAAGUGGAAAGAAAUGAGCUGAGAGAGCAGAUCACUACUCAAGAAUCCAGGAUAAAAAGUUUACAAGAUGAACUACAGCAAGAAAAGUCUGCAGUCCAGGAAUCCAUGGUGACCAAACAAUUAUUAGCUGAGCGCCAGGUGUCUCUAGAAGAUGACAUUAGCGCCUUAUCUACACAAGUGAGCGAUCUGCUGAAGGAACGAGAGACAUUUUCUAUGGUGAAUGAGCAAGUUAAAAGGGAAUUGUCGCAAGUGAAGGAAGAAAAAGACUCUAUGCAGGAACAGCUACAAAGCAAAGAACAAGAGCUUGGCGAGCUUAGGAGGAAGUUCAACAAAGUGCUGGAAGACCUGACCGAGAUGAAGAGGUUAUCGGAAAAUACCUCAAAAAUGGAUGAAGACAAAGACAAAAAGAUAAACGAGCUCUCGAAGGAAGUGAGCAAACUCAAAGAUGCACUAAACAGCCUUUCCCAGCUAUCGUUCACCACAAGCACUCCCAAGCGGCAAAGCCAGCAGCUGGAAUCUCUACAACAACAGGUCAAACAACUGCAGAACCAGUUGGUGGAAACCAAGAAACAGCAUCAAGAAAUCGUAUCAGUUUACAGGAUGCAUCUGCUCUAUGCUGUUCAGGGCCAAAUGGAUGAAGACGUUCAGAAGGUGCUAAAACAAAUACUGACGAUGUGCAAGAGUCAGUCUCAGAAAAUGUGAGACACAGGACGCCCGGCUCAUACAGCACUGCCUCCUAAUAUUACUAAUGCUGGAUAUCGCCCGUAUGAGUUCUUCUGUAUCAGAAAAUGAUGUUAUUUUAUACUUUUUGAUAAGAAACCACAGGUUCCACUUAGCAUUUUUUGUGGUCAGUUGGCAACUUGCUAAAAUAGUGCCCAAAAAUGAAAACUGCUGCUCCCCAUGGCACUAAUAUUCUCAUUUAGUAGCAUAUAAACAGAUACCACUGUGGGACGUGAUAGAUAGUUUCCGUGAUGAAGAUCAAAAAUUCACAAUUUCUGGCAAACUGGGUGACUACCAAAAUGGCCGCCUUUCCAGCUCCGUAGACUCGUAACAGUACAAAACAAAUAAUGAAAUAUAUGGACAAAGUGACUCCACUUUAUAUGUAGAAUAGAUCUAUGUACAAACUGUAAUAUGGUGGACAUACCCUUUAAGGCGGAUCCCACACAGGUUGUCACUCAGCUUUCAUCGACUGCCUAGUUAUGUAGUAAUAGCGGAGCAGGAGAUGGGUCACAGACUCUGUUUAUGGGUCUUGGAAUGCUGGGUGUUAACCCAUUUGGACGCCAUACUGCUUGUCACCCAGUUUUGCUAGAAAACAUAUAUGAUUAUGGAAACUGUAGAAAACUUCAAGCAGCUGAGAGGAAAUGCCCCUUGAAUGCAUGUCUCCCAACCGUCCCUUGAAAUGUGCCUCACAGAGGGCGGGGCUUAUCCAAAUGUACCAAAAAUAGGCAUUCCUGGUGGAUUGGGGGGAAGAACUUAAAUAGGGAUUCAAGUGUUGGGAGCUAUGCUUAAAGGGGUUGUCCCACCAGAAGAAGAACUUCUAGCCAGGGGAUAGAUGAUAACUAUCUGAUCAGUGGGGGUCUGACCGCUGGUACUCUCAUUGAUCACAAAGACAGGGGAAAGAAGGGAGCGUCACUCCAGGCCCCCCUUCUUUUGAUCAGUGGGGGUCCCAGCAGUCGGAUACUUUUCCUCUAGACAGGUGAUGUUCUUAAAGAGGGAUAACCCCUUUAAAGGGCAUCUGUCAGCAGUUUCGUACCUAUGACACUGGCUGACCUG